GACCAUACACAAAGGUCGGAAGGUUCUUGACGUAUAUGAAGGAAUCGAACUUAAUGGGAGAUGAUAUGUGUGAGACGAAGGAAAAUGAUCAUCAAGGGAAGCCCGGAAGGAAUAGAGGAAAUGAAAUAGAGUACUUGAGCUUCGUUUCAAUAAUAAAUGCAUGGAAAUGGUGACAAGGUCUUACUUGCCUUAUGUAAUGGUGAGAUCCAGAGCUAUUAAAGAAGAAAACAAAGUGGUGAAACUCUUUUCACUUAAGAACUUCAUUUGUGACGGACAGGGAGUGUGGGGAUCGACCAAUAUUGACCAUCCCGCGACUUUCGAUAAACUGGCUAUGGAUCUGGCGGUGAAGAAAGAGUUGAUCAACGACUUGGACCGAUUUGUUCGACGAAGGGAUUUCUACAGAAGAGUGGGGAAAGCAUGGAAACGUGGGUACUUGCUCUUUGGUCCUCCUGGAACAGGCAAGUCUAGUUUGAUUGCUGCCAUGGCUAACUACCUAAAAUUCGACGUUUAAGACCCCGAACUUACAGGCAUUCGGAGCAAAUCGCAGCUUCGAGGGUUGCUGGUUUCGACUCGAAAUUGAUCAAUGGUUGUGAUUGAGGAUAUUGAUUGCAGCAUUGAGCUUCAGAAUCGACAAGUCAAGAGAUUUGAGCUUGGGGAAUGUGAUGCAUUUGAGCAGGAUACUAACGAAAAGUACAACAUUCUUAUUAAUAUGUUAAGUACAUUGUAAUCUUACAUUACUGUACAACAACUACUACAAAUUAUCUUCAUGACAGGGGUUGCUUAAUUUCAUCGACGGGCUAUGGUCGAGCUGCGGAGAUGAGAGGAUAAUAGUGUUCACAACCAGUCAUAAAGACAAGCUCGACCCUGCUUUGCUAGGGCCGGGUCGA